AUGAGUUCAGUUUCAAGGGGAGGAUUAUCUGAGUUCAUAUGGCCAUCAGUUGCUGUUGUCAGUGGUCGAGUAAAGUUGAAGGAUAAGACUGUUUCAUCAAGAACCGCAGAUGGUGGCGAGACAGCUUCAGAUCGUAGAAAGCGAAGGAAGUGGACGCCGGCUGAUGAUAUCUUGCUCAUCAGCUUGUGGUUUAACAAGAGCACGGAUCCUGUGGUUGGCAACGAACAAAAAUCAGGAACAUUUUGGAAAAGAAUUGCCGCAUACUUUGCGGCAAGUCCUCGGGUUGCUGGCUGCGAAGAGAGGGAGGCUAACCAUUGCAAGCAGCGUUGGCACAUGAUCAAUGACCUUGUGUGCAAGUUCUGCGGUGCGUAUGAAGCUGCUACCAGAGAGAAAGCUAGCGGCCAGAACGAGAAUGAUGUUGUGAAACAUGCUCAUACAAUAUUCUACAACAACUACAACAAGAAAUUUACUUUGGAACACGCUUGGAAUGAACUACGCAACGACCAGAAGUGGUGCGCCUUGAAGACUGCUAAAAAGGAUGUAAGCUCGAAGAAUAGGAAGUGUGAGGAUGGAGCUGAUUCAGAGACCUCUCAAUCUACAGAGAACAAGCGUCCCCCGGGUGUGAAGGCCUCAAAGGCAAGUGGUUAUUGUUCUUCUGAUGCAGAGUGGAGUGCUCCUGUGAUGCAGAGUGGAGAGUUCUUGUCGUGUCGUCGAAAUGAACAAGCCAUUGUUCAUGCGUAUUACCGCCUCUCCAAUGAAGUUCCAUUCUUCCGUCAAACGCAAGACGUUACCGGAAGGCUUGGUCUCUCUACACUUCAAAAGUGUACGGCAGCAAUUCGUGUCUUGGCAUAUGGUUCUGCGCUUGAUGCGGUCGAUGAAUACCUCAGGCUCGGUGAAACCACAGCUCGGUUAUGUGUGGAAAAUUUUGUGGAAGCAGUAAUAGAUUUGUUCGGUGAUGAGUACCUAAGGAGACCAACGUCGGAUGAUCUUCAACGUCUACUUUAUAUUGGAGAGCUUCUUGGGUUUCCCGGGAUGAUAGGAAGCAUCGAUUGUAUGCAUUGGGAGUGGAAGAAUUGUCCCACCGUUUGA